AUGGAUCAAAAACCCUUCGCAGUGUUUCCCAUAUCUCUCCUAAACACAAUAUUCCUCAUCAGUUCUCUCUCCUGGCUUCAACUGCUCUACGCAGUAUCCUAUCUCGCACGACCAUUCUGGAACACAAGACGCGAGUUUCCGCCCUUCAACAAAGCCAUCUACCGCACAGAAACAAGCAUUAUCAACGCUAUUCUCGGCCCUAUGCCAUUCUCAGCCUAUACUUCUGCAACAGAAACAGAGCGCCCGUGGUAUCUUUCAUCAGGAAAUGGCAACCUGAACCACGAGAACAAUAUCCGCACCACCUCCCUGGCCACCUCACCCUGGCCACAGCAGGGACAGCAAGACUCGGAUUCCUCAUCAGAGCAAGAAAGUCCCACCUCACAGCCGGGCACCGAACAUCCCCGAGAAAACUCCCCCAUCUACGAAACCGUGCGUAAGCUCCGAUCCAGCACACGAGGCAGCAUUUCAAAGAUCGCCAACUCGGCAAAAUCCAUCUUCCGACAGCCCCUGACCGUUCUCCCACGGAAUAUGGACGGGGAACGGACCGAAGCAGACCCGGUUCCAGUUCCAGUUCCAGUGCGCACUUCCCAGCCUCACUUCGUCCAAAACGUGUCUUUCCCCGUGCCCAUGUCUGCUUCUGCACGUGUCGCAGAUCACUUCAGUGACCCUGGUCCGUCGACUGGAAUCAAGGUGCAGCAGCCGAUCUCGUCGUUUGGGGAAACCAUUGAUGCGGCGGUGGAUUCUGAGACGGUGCAGAUGAAUCGCGCCCGCAAGUAUCACUCUGUCGAGAGUUAUCCCGGGAAGUUCCCUGUUAGUGAUACGUUGGAUUAUAGCUCGCUUGCUACCGCGUAUGCUGUUAGAGGGAGGGGGACUACCCCUGUUCGACCUUUCUCGGACUACUAG